UUUUGUAGUAAAGUCCAUAAAUACGAUGACUAGACCACGGAGUUCCGUAUUACCAUCCUCCAGUUGAACUCUAAUGUUUUCGGACCACAGGGCUGAGGACAUCGAGCAGCUCGCACGCAAUGUUCUCUCGAAGCUGCCAGAUGGCUUUUACCAUCUCGAAAGAAGUUACACGCUGUGGGAGCAACUCGUCCUGUCGUCGGUGAAGUAUCGAAUGACAUUGCAUGGCACCACGUCCGAAGUGCAGGGGUGGAGUGUGAAGCCGAGGUCCUUGCCGGACAUGACUAAGCGAGUUAAUCUGAACCACACCGAGAAACUCUCCGACGAAAAAAAGACAGAGUCAUCGUCGCUCCGCCCCUCGAAUCGUCACGAACGUCGAGACAUCGUCUUUGAGGAGCAUAAAAAAAUCGCACUAGUGCAUUCCCAGCUGCGCAGCCGUUCGAGCUGCCGUCUCACCGAUCUUCCUCGGAUCACGAGGCUGUCUCCUCCGAGUCUACCCGAAGAUUCACGGCGCAUUGGGGUUUCCCCAACAUGGAUCCAGAUCUCAGCUUCGCACAAAGUGCUCUUAGUCAGGCGGCUUAGAUUCGUGAGCGCCACUUGGUAACAUCCUCAGCCGGGUGAGUGGUAAAAAAUCUCUUUCCAUGUGUGCAUACUCCCACCCAUUACCAUCACUCGGAUUCCAUCGCUUUCAGUUCCAGCAGUGUCAGCAUACACGAUAGAUGUACUUCUAGAAGUAAAACAAAACCUUCUAUUUUGUCGCUCUUUGAAGUAGCCCAUUUUGAACAGCUCUGAGAUGCAUCCAAUCUCCUACCUUUAAAUCCCUCAUUUUGGCUCAGGUCGUUCGAGGGUAGGAAUAGAAGAUCGUCACUCAGUGCUAUCUAUUCACCGCUAUCUUCUUUACUGUCCCCAGACCCCACGAAAACAUGAUACCAUGUUUUGC